UAGCAGAAAACGCAUAUGCGGUGGUUAAAUUUUCAAAAUUUUCUCCGUGAGGGUGAGGCCCCCAUACCCCGCGACGAUUGAUUGGUUGUUUGGAAUUCGGGUCAGCCAGGUGGGCUAUAUUGGACCAAGUUGAUGUUCCGUCUUCGUGGACUGUAAACGAAUGAUCUUUUGAUUGGAAUUCGAGUCAGCCAUCUUAAUUAGGCUAUAAUAGACCACUUUGAAGUUGCUUUGUUCACGGGCUGAAAUAGCAGGAAAACGUGUUUGCAGCCGUCAAAAAUGUACCUCUUUCUUUUCGGUGACAUUUUAGACCCUGGCAUUAAAAAUUUUAUCAUUACUGAUCGUCUGAACCGAUUGAAUUUCGUGGGAAAAAUCAAACCAAACACUCGGUCAACCAAAGAACUCCGAAUGCACGGGCCGCUUAUAUCAAGGUAAAGAAAUGUGCAGGACCGUCUCCGAUCUAACGAUCUCCUUUCAUUAACUAACUUUUUUGACUGGAAUUACGGGUACGGUAACUACGUUGGGUAAAAGAUAUGGCUGUUAAUAGUCUUAAACCAUACUGUAUUUUGAAAGCUCUGCACUUACUGAUUACACCUGGAAAUUCAAAUAAAGUCAACUUGGAGGCUGUACUAAGGAAUAAUAUUAAAAAUUUGCAUGAUUAUAUAGAAGAGAAUCCACCUCUGCUCUAUUCUUGGGAAAGUAGUACAUUUUCAUCGCAUAUCAAAGAUACCAGUUUGAGUUGGGAAUUUUCAGCAAAAUGUCUAAAACUCCUAGAUCUCUUACAGAUAUCCUUUAAACGAGCUGAACAAGAAUUUUGCAGUAAAAAAACAAGUAAAAAUCUUACACCAAAUCAAGCACCACCAUUAUCCCCAGAUACAUUAAGUUUUGAACAACAGAAAAAUAUUUUAACAGCAUUACAGUUUAUAGUGUGUCUUACAAUCUGUCCAAACUUACAAGAAGGAGUGGGUCUUCCACUGACAGUGAGAACUGAAUUUCUUGGCAUUUUAGCCACUUUUGUGUCUGAAACAAACAGCAAUCCAGAAACAAAAACAAAUUUUCAAGAAUCACAUUGUAAACUUUUGUUAUGUGCUAAUGUUUUGAUAUCUUGUCUUGACAUUCCUUCUAUUGGUGUUCUCAUUCUAUCAAGACAUCUAAAUGAUUUGCUGGUCAUUAUUUUGCAAUUACGGUUUGGACAACAAAUAUCAAAUAAUUCCUUAAAAAAGGAACCAAAUGUAGGAGAAUUAUCAGCAAACAAUCCAAACAAGGUACCAGAUGAUGAAAAAUUAGAUGAAUCAAAAAGCCAUUCACCUGAUAUUGACAAAUUAUUCACUUUAAAAUCUAAUGAAUUUUGUGAUGCAGCAUUAAAAAGGAUAACAAAUGAUAUCCGUCCAUCGAUGUUUGUGAAAGAAUUGUUGUUACUACAAGGUGGACCCAGAACAAAAAAGCCAGGAUUUCUACCACCUGCUCCAGCAUGGUUACGUAAUGUUUGUGGAAGUCUAUUUAGUGAUAUAUUGCUAAAACCUAAUGGUGUAUUUCAUAUUAUACAUGGUGUUGUGUUAAAUGAAGCUAAUUUACAGUUGCCACAAUCAGCUUUAUCUGAAUGGAGGAAAUUUGAUGCAGUUGCUAAGAUUAUUGCCCACUGUCCAAUGAAGUCAACAUCUCGUGAUGGAUAUUUUAAAAUUAUAAGUCCGCAGGUUGUAAGUUUAUUACAUACCACAGGUGAUGAGAAGAAUAGUAUAUAUUUACGUGUAUGUUAUAAUGUAAUAAAAGAGAUGUAUUUACACAAUCAACAAAUUACCCACCAGUAUAUAAUAAAACCUAUAAUACAACCAUUACUUCACUGUUUAAAUGACAAAGUACCGGUAUCUCAAACACAUAUGUCAUCAUGUCAAAGACACAUCAUUGUUUCUGAAGAUGAGCUUGAGAUGUGUGUCCAAGAUUUACAUAAGAUAUUUGUUUGUGGAGCAGAACCUAUGUCAUCAUUAACCAGUGUAUUAGGAGAUAUUGUACAACCCUUAUUUUCUGUCCUAUGUUUUUGCUCUAAUGGGUGUGCUGCUUUAAGUACAUAUGUUCAUGAAUUGCUGGUGAUAUAUUUUAAAAACUUAAAUAAAAGUGAAGCUUUAGAGAGUUUAGUUGGGCUGGUAUGUGAUCACAGUAACAAUACAACUAAACAGCUCUGUGAUGAUAUUGUAUUUGAAACUGGAGAUCUUGGAGGUGUUCAGAUUAUUUAUCAAAGUAAUGAACAGUUAAAGAGUACCAGUGAAGAUAUAAAAGUGGAAUCAUUAUGUAAUUUGGUAAAAGAUUUACAAGCUGGUGGACUAGCAGGUGACUUUCUACUUUAUCUGUUAAAGAAUUUGACGGAUAUACUCAAAUUAGAAACUGGAACCAUGUCUGGCAGUAGUCAACUUGAAAGUGAGCAGAAGUUAUUAAAUAUUGAAGAUCAACAAGUCCAGCAAAUAGAGAGUAUCCAAAAACGGCUUAUGAUAUUAAAUUUAUUAGCUACACUCUCUAAUUCUCUAGAUUCAUCUUGUAUGCAAAGUAAUGAACAAAUAUUAAAAUUUGUGAAGGCUACAUUAGAACGAGGCAUUGAAGUAUGGAAACAUACAAAAGAUGAUGUGUUUCAUUUAUUUGAAAGUGAAUCUCUGUCUAUGGCCAUGGGUUUACUUACUGCGAUUAUGACAAACCCCAGACAGACUACUACUGAAGAAGAAAAGAUGAAGAUGAAUGAAUUGCUGCCACUGUUAAAUGAGUUAUCAAUACACCACCCAGAAUCUGAGAUUCAAGACAUGGCUACAGAUCUUAGGAUUGCUAUAGCAACAAGAGAAAUAGUUGUAUCUGAUUUAAUGAGGAACAAAACUGCUGAACACAAGCAUUAUGAAAAGUUCUCAAGAGAGAAAACCCAAUCGGUGGAGAAACCUUUAAUCGAGGUUAUUUCUGAGUGUAACACAGAGUCCAAGACUGGAACAUCUACAACAGUUAAAGAAACAUCAGAUUUAAUGAUAUCACAAAGAGUGCAGGAAAAGGCAGACAUGCCAGAAUCACAAAACAGUCACUCUGAUAAACUUUUAAAUUUAAAAACCAAUAAAUUCCUCGAAGACAAUAAUUUGAAUCCUGAUAAAAUCUUGGAGGUUAACAAAUUAACAAAUGAUAAGGUUAAUGAACCACAGACUACAAAACUUGAAGUUUCAAAUUUGAGUCCAAAUUCUAAAUUAGCAGAAGUAUUUGAGGAACUGUGUCAUCCAGAGAUACCUGUCCGAGGUCAUGCUUUACUGACAUUAGUCAAAUUAGUUCAGUCAAAAGAUUUAGAAACAAUUAAUCAUCAAGAUUCUGUUGCUGAAAUAUUUGAAAAUAAUUUGGCCCAUACAGACACCUAUUUGUAUUUACCGUCUGUAAAUGGUCUGGUUGCUAUGGCAGACAUUCUUCCUGAUAAAAUUAUUCCACGAUUAGCUCGCGAAUUUUCUAAUAUCACCGAAAAUAAAUCAACUAUUCAGUCUGAUCUCAAAUUGAAAGUAGGAGAAGCCCUAGUUAAGACAUUAAGGGUGUUGGGUGACAUGAUACCCAAGUAUAAGAGUAUAUUAUUACCUGCUGUACUAUGUGGUGUUAAGGAUUGUGAUCCACUGGUUCGAGCUAGUAGUCUUUCAAAUCUUACAGAAAUAUGUUGUUUGCUGAGAUUUUCAUUGGGAAGUCAUAUUCAUGAGAUAUUGUCAUGUUGUGGUAGUGUUUUAAAGUUUGAUGAAGAUGUUGAAGUCAGGAAAGCAGCUGCCUUAGUUUUUACACAUUUACUCCAGGGUGUUGGAAAAGAGGCAUUUAAGAUAUUGGAUUCUGGUUUAAAAGAUGUCUAUCGUUUAUUGAAAACAGUUAACAUGGUUGAGACUGAUCCAGUUGUUAUAGAUCAUGUUACUCUAGCUUUAAAUGAACUAGAUGAUAUAAUGAGAGAAGCUCUAUUUCCUAAACAAGUUCUAUCUAAAAUGGUUAGAGUUUUAAGUGUUGACUAACUAAAUCAAGUUGUAAUACACAUGGAAAUAUCUUAAAUUGUUAUGAAAUAUUUUUUUAGAGUUUGCAGUGUUUGCACUCACUAUUUCAAAGAUCGCAUGAAUAAUUCCCACAUCCUAUAUGUCUGUCAUCCUGGCAUAGUCGCAAUCCAACCUCUAAUUUUUGCUACAUCUGAUGCAGUAUUGCUUUAUCUGGUCCUUUGAUAGAGUGGUUCAUACUCAAUUUUUUUAACAACAAACACACACUAUUUCGGGAUUAUUUUAACAUUAUAUGAUAAGACUUACCAUAAAAACUUCAUUUAUCAACAAUGGAAGUCUGACAACAUUUGAUUUUUGAGGAUAUAACCAUUUGCAAAUAUGUUAUAAAUGCCUCAAAAUCUACCCGUCUUCCAUAAUCAAGGCAGAUAACUCUUAGUGAGGAUAAGAGUUAUGUCCCUUGGUCGCGGUAAAAAUGGUACGGAUGCCCCUGAAACGAAAAUUUCAUUAUCGCAGUCGGAAAACAUUGUUUAUUUCCUGGCUGCGAAGUAACGGAAUACACUCUAUGAGACGAUUGAAUUGAGUUGUUUUAACAAUAUAUCCACGCCUUCACAUGUCUUAAUAUUAACUGUUUAUAAUGCUACAGUGAAAAUUAAAAUACACGUUUAGCUGGAUAUGAAACCGUCGACGUUUGAAUUGCUUAAAGAUUAGCCAAACAUAUGUAUUAAAAAGAACAGUGCUUUCAUUUCUGUAUACCCACAGCCACUGGGUCUGUUUAAAAUCGCAUGUUAUAUACAGACGGAGCGAGAGAGAGAGACGUCUAUAAAUCUAAUAAUAUAACACUUUAAUGUUAAUCCCAAAGAUAAAUAAAUAUAUUGGGCAGCAUGAUAUUUGUUAUGAAAAAUAAAUUGUCAGAUAAAGUACGAGGAAAAUAAAAUGGCAUGUAAUGCGGAUAGUGAGGGAUAAAGACCUCUAUAAAUCUUAUAAUUUAACACUUUAUUUUUUGUCCCACAGAUAAAUAAAUAUAUCGAGAUUCAGGGAGAUUUGAAUUCGAAUUUGGUAUAGUGGGGAGGGGUAAAUGCAACAUAAAAGAUAAUAUAUUAACAACAAAUUCAAAAUUAGGACCACGUUCUCUCUUGUGGUAUGCUAGCAUUUACACACGAAUAUUUAUGCCGUUAUCUGUUCUAUUUCGUACAAAGCGCUCAAUAACAUUUACCAAAACACAUUUCAUCGUGACCAACGCCCCCUGAAUGAAUAUGUCUGUAUGUUAGAGCUGCAUAUGCUACCGAAUGUUGUCUUUUGCAACAUCAUUAAAUCAUAUACAUGUACUUAAACAGUAUAACCAUAUAUCUGUCUGUUCAGAUAUUUUUUAUAACAAUCAAUGUUAUCAUGUCAGCUAUUAUACCACAGAAAUACAAGUUUCCCAAAGAAGAUUUAAGUUGAAAUUAAAUUAAUCUAUUAAUUGUGUUCUCCUGUACACACAACCUAUUUAAAUUUAAGUUUCUAAAUCUGUUACCUAAUUGUCACCCGAUAACACGAUCUAUAUUUAAAUGUAAUACUUAAGUUGAUAAUAUCCUCUUCUUUGUCAAACAAAAAAUUGUAAAAUUUAAUUAACAAAUAUUAUUCUUGACUAUAUAGUUCCUGGAACAAAAGGAUUUACUACAAACCAAUAAAUAAAAAAGAUGAUCGUUGAAAACGCCAGUUGAUAAUAUCCUCUUCUUUAUCAAACAAUAAAAUGUAAAAUUAAAUUAACAAACAUUGUUCACAAUAUUUCCUGGAACAAAAGGAUUUACAACAAAUUAUUAAAUUAAUAAAUAUGCACAGUUAAAAUGAACCAGAAAACAACCGAAACUGUAAAUAGAAGGUAUUAAAUGAUUAAAACGUAUUCACUUUGUCAGAAUGUCUGUCUGCUGGGGCAUCUGGAAUGAAGAAUAAAAUGGACAUAGAAAUAAAAAAAUAUCAAUUAACUGCAUUUCAUAACCGCUAAGAAAGAGGCAUUGUAAACUUCUUCCGAUUAAGUAGGGUGAGCCAUACAAAUAUUUGUUUCUAAAUUUGCCUUUAAAUUUGGAACAGAACGUUCCUUACCCGCCGAAGAAAAAUAAAAAAGUGAUUUAUCAGAAACUGGCUGAUUCAUGACGUAUCUACGAAAUCGGGGCUGUGCUUUCAAUGCCUCUUUUGUUUCCCCGACUGACGAAAACUUUGAAAGCCCAUCAUCCAUUCCUUCUUUAUUUAUCCAAAGUCCCAUCCCAGCAAUUUCUGCUGUUAGGCGCUCUUUUUUCCUAAUCUCAAGUUGUCCCCUUUCUUUUAAUUUAUCCCUUUUCGCCAAAAGAACCUCUAACCGUUUUCUCUCAAUCUCUUCGCGCCUUUGUCUAAAUUUAGAAAGUUGGUUUUUCGUUAUAAUUCGAGCAUCCAUUAUGACCAAAUUACAUCUAUCAGGAGAAAGAGUUUUAAGCCAUUCGUUAGAUUUAUUCAUUUUAUAUAAAAUGGAUGCUUCCUUGCCAAAAGUAUUAGACGAGGGCGCGAUCCUCAUUAAUCUAUCGAGAUGACUGAACACGGUUUCCGGCAAUUUGUUGUGAGGCAUGGCAGAACCCGAACAUGAAGGAUUAAAGUCAUCUCGAUACUCAAGUAAAAUAUUUGAAAUGUACUUUUUAAACACGACAAAGAGGAUUUUAAAAAAAUGGAUGAGGUUGAAUUAAUAUCAGAAUUAAAAUCUAAUUUUUUUAAGUGAUCAAGGACUGGAUCGUUUUCAAUUUUAAUCAGAGAUUCAAAUGGGUGUGAUUUACCUUCUGCAAAGUCAUGUAAAUUUGCUGUUUCAAAAAAAUCAUGUAAUUUUUUUAUAAAUAUGUUUCAUAUCAAGAGCAUUAAGAGUGUGUUUGCGAGAGAAUCAUGCAAAAUUGAAAAAUAACGGCACAAGUGGGGUCUGGCGAUUUUGACCAAACUUUGCAGUUUUUGUCAUUGGGUACCCCAUAUACCCCACAUGAAAUAUGAGGGUCACCAACCUUGUAGUUACGGAGAACCAGCUAUGGCCAUUUUAGAGUUUAAACACAUCUUUUUUGUGACAAAAAAAUCCCUAAAUUCAAAUAUUUCCCAUAAAUUGCCUAUUGAAUUUUUAUUUUUUAAAUUAUUUUUUUUAUGAAUGAUCUUGUCUACUACUUCAAUAUAUAUGACUAUUAAAUUUUUCCGAAACCAUUUGACGCCAUGAGGAAUUUAUUUUGAGACGUAGUUUUUGCUAUAUGCUAAAACAUAUAAAUUUCAUGAUGCUAUAUCUCACCCACUGCGGGGCCGAGGACAAUUAUAUUAAUAAUGGAAGUUGAGGACUACUAAUACUAUUAUUUAGUUUUGAGAAAAUGACUGGCACGGAUUUCUUUCAUAUUAAAUUUGAUGGUUGAAGAAAAUGACUUCAUUUCUGACAUUAUUUUUCCAAUAAAAUCAUUCAUUGCCUGAAUUAUUAGGCCUGAUAAUGCCCCAUGCAACCGUCUUCCAGUAACCCUAUGUAGGACCGGUACAGAUAAUUCAGGAGUUCCACAAGGAUCAGUCCUUGGCCCUAUCCUUUCUGUAAUGUAUACUAAGAAUUUAGGACAUCUAAUCGAUAAUUGGGUUUCUAGGACGACAUACUUAUGCAGGUGACACACAGCUGAUUGCAAAUUACUCCUUUUCAAAAACUGUUUCAUCCCCUAAUUAUUCUGAAAUCAAAUUGUGUUGACGUGGCAUUAAAGAUAGGAUGACAAGGAAUAUGUUGAAAUUAAAUGUAAUUGAAUAAGUAAAUCAGAAUGUAUUUUAUUUGGCCCAAAUAUACAUCUGAAAAAUACAAGUCCAAAUGAUAUGGUUGUACAAGAUGCAAUACUUGUACCAUGAAACACUGUGAAGAACUUAGGAUGGGAUUCAAUUUAAGCAUGGACAGUCACAUUAGUGAAAUUUGUCGACAAUGUUAUCUUCAGUCCAGGAACAUUGGCCAUAUAAGACAAUUGAUUAGCUACUGUAACAGCUUGUUAGUAGAAACAUCUAGUGCCAAUAUUAAAAAAAAUCUAGUGCCAAUAUUAAAAAAAAUCAACUUGUACAAAAUACCGCAGCUCGAAUUGUUACCAGAUUAUCAAAAUUCUCUCAUAUUACUCCUGCUCUGAAACCACUCAAUAAAUGAAAGAAUCAUCUUCAAAAGUCUGCCUUUGACGUAUCAGUGUGUGAAUAGCUUAGCCAACGCUUAUGCAAAUACAAGUUCCCUCGCGUAAGCUCCGACCGGACACAGCUCCAUCAGUUGUGUUACUCAAGGUGGAAAUUAAAAUCAUUUGGAUACGGAUCGUUCUCGGUAAAUCCGCCUAAACUGUGGACCAAUCGUCCGGAGAUCAUUAAAUCAUCUCAAAUUCUUUCUUGUUUGAAAUCAAAACUUAAAACCCACCUUGUCAUCAGGAUUAAAUAAAUGAAUUUCAUUGUAUGCGCAGUGAAAAUGCCUCUGUGCAUGGCAUACGUGCGCUGUAUAAACGAACAUCAUUAUUAUUAUUUGCUAGGCCGAAGUUAGGUUUGUACUCCAGCAUCCAAGAUGACGGCUGAAAUCAACUAUUUAUUUUCCCGUCUUUUUCCACAAAUAAAAUGAGGUUAUCCGAAAGAUACUACAAUAGCAUAUUCCUGAAGCAAUGGCCUGAGAAAUAUCUCUCUGGCCAUUGCUGGAUUGACUUCUGAUACUUGAUUUUUUAAGGAAGUGUGUCUAUUCUGCAAAAUGACAGUCUUUCAUUUAAUCUGGGUCUUCCAAAACCUUUCGUGAAUCAUGAUGUAACGUUAUGUAAACAUGUUUGGAGCUCUGUUUGAACCCGAAUGAUAUUGUUACGCAGUUGGUUAUUAAUCAGACUAUUGACCAGUCAUAAUUUGCUUUAAU